CGGGCGCGCGGGAGCUGCAGCUGGGUCCGUGGGGCGCUCGUCCUCGCCCCGUGGCCGCCGGCCGCCCCGGCCCCUCCCCUCCCCUCCCUCGCGAGCUGCGCACCGCCGACCGGCUGACCCAGCGGCUCUCGCCCGCGCCCUUGUCCGUCCAACCCCGCGGCGGGCUCCAGGCGGCCGACAGCAUGAGCGGCGGCGGCGACGUUGUGUGCACCGGCUGGCUGAGAAAAUCGCCCCCCGAGAAGAAGUUGAGGCGCUAUGCCUGGAAGAAACGCUGGUUUAUCCUACGGAGUGGCCGAAUGAGCGGUGACCCAGACGUUCUGGAAUACUACAAGAAUGAUCACUCUAAGAAGCCCCUGCGUAUCAUCAACCUCAACUUCUGUGAGCAGGUGGAUGCGGGCCUGACCUUCAACAAGAAGGAGCUGCAGGAUAGUUUUGUGUUUGACAUCAAGACCAGUGAACGCACCUUUUACCUGGUGGCUGAAACAGAGGAGGAUAUGAAUAAGUGGGUCCACAGCAUCUGCCAGAUCUGUGGCUUCAAUCAGGCAGAGGAGAGCACAGACGCCCUGAGAAACAUUUCAGCCAGUCAUGGUCCCCGUUCCUCUCCAGCGGAGCUCAGCAGCUCCAAUCAGCACCUUCUCCGAGAACGAAAAUCCUCAGCCCCAUCGCACUCCAGUCAGCCCACCUUGUUCACAUUCGAACCCCCCGGGUCGAACCACAUGCAGCCCCCCUUGUCCACCAGUGCGCCUCAGGAGUAUGUCUACUUGCACCAGUGCAUAAGCCGGAGAGCAGAAAACGCCAGGAGUGCCAGCUUCUCUCAGGGCACCAGGGCCUCGUUCCUCAUGAGGAGUGACACGGCUGUACAGAAACUUGCCCAGGGCAACGGACACUGUGUCAACGGGGUCAGCGGUCAAGUCCAUGGCUUCUACAGCCUGCCCAAGCCCAGCCGGCACAAUACAGAGUUCAGAGACAGUACCUACGACCUCCCCCGGGGCCUGGCCUCCCACGGCCACACCAAGGGCAGCCUCACAGGCUCUGAGACAGAUAACGAGGAUGUGUACACCUUCAAGACGCCCAGCAACGCCCUGUGCCGGGAGUUUGGGGACCUCCUGGUGGACAAUAUGGAUGUUCCGGCCACCCCGCUGUCAGCCUACCAGAUCCCUAGGACGUUCACGCUGGACAAGAACCACAAUGCCCUGGCAGUGGCCACUCCCGGGGACUCAGCCAUAGCUCCCCCACCCAGACCCCCCAAGCCAAGUCAGGCAGAAACACCUCGAUGGGGCAGCCCUCAGCAGAGGCCUCCAGUCGGUGAAAACAGCAGAUCAGUCUCUGCCGCUGCCACCAUCCCCAGGCGCAAUACGCUCCCCGCGAUGGAUAACAGCCGACUGCACCGAGCUUCUUCCUGUGAGUCCUAUGAGUACCCUCAGCGUGGUGGAGAGAGUGCGGGCCGCUCUGCAGAGUCCAUGAGUGAUGGAGUCGGUUCUUUCCUGCCCAGGAAAACACUUAUAGGCCGAUCGGAUAGCAGCAAUUCUGAAGACAACUACGUGCCCAUGAAUCCAGGUUCCUCCACCCUGCUGGAGCGGGCAGGUGAUAAUUCCCAGAGUGUCUACAUCCCCAUGAGCCCAGGGCCCCAUCACUUUGACCCGCUUGGCUACCCCUCUACAGCCCUUCCUAUGCACCGAGGCGCCAGCCGAGGGAGUGAGAUCCAGCCACCCCCUGUCAACCGCAACCUCAAACCAGACCGGAAAGCAAAGCCAACACCACUCGACCUGAGAAACAACACCGUCAUCGAUGAGCUCCCCUUCAAAUCCCCGGUCACCAAGUCUUGGUCUAGGGCCAUCCACACCUUCAACUCCAGCUCUUCCCAGUACUGCCGCCCCAUCUCCACACAGAGCAUCACCAGCACGGACUCCGGAGACAGUGAAGAGAACUAUGUCCCUAUGCAAAACCCAGUGUCCGCAUCCCCCAUUCCCAGUGGCACCAACAGCCCGGCCCCUAAGAAGAGCACCGGCAGCGUCGAUUACCUGGCCCUGGACUUCCAGCCAAGCUCCCCAAGCCCCCACCGCAAGCCAUCCACGUCAUCCGUCACCUCUGACGAGAAGGUGGACUACGUUCAAGUGGACAAGGAGAAGACCCAGGCCCUGCAGAGCACCAUGCAGGAGUGGACAGAUGUGCGGCAGUCCUCGGAGCCUUCCAAGGGUGCCAAGCUGUGACACACAGGCCACCAGGCCUGGAGAGGGCCCUGGAGGCACCAAAGCUGGCUCCUCCCUGUCUCCCCUUUCUCCUCUCCCAUCGCCCCCUCCCGCCCACCCCUCUCCACUCUGCCACUCUAGCCUUCAACACACUUGACAUCAGGGACCCUGAACCCUUCCCCUGGGAGGCGAGGGCCUGAUUGAGGCACUUCCUCUGCCCACUUGGGGCCCACCUUUGAUUUUUAUCAGUAAUGGCCAUGCCUCUAUUCACCUUAGUUAGAGCUAUUGCCAAAAAGCAUCCUUCAGCCUCUUCCUGCCCUUUCGAUCCGAGUAUAGAUGGUUGGAGGGAAGGGCUGGGGCUCCGAGCCAGUCUCCACGCCUCACUCGGUCACGGUCCCCAGCCCCUGGGCUACCUCCGUCAGUCCCGGGAGAGGCCGGUCCUCUCGCUGACCAGGGAGACAAGGACCAGCAGACCACAGUGGACAUGGUCUACGCCCCUGUCUCGGCACAGGAGAGACAAGGCCACCAAAAGAAGGAGUCAGGAAGGAAGGUCAGAGGUUGUCUUGAGGGAUGCAGGAAUUAGAUCCCCAGGUGCAGAAGGCAGCUGACGAUACCUGCAGUGGCCCCCACUGUCAGCCGAGAGGCAGUGCCGCUGUCACGGGUGGGAGAGGCAGAAGGAUGAGGCCAAAAGGACAGGAAAACUGAGGACAAUGAGGAACCAAGAACAACAGGGAGAGGGGGCUCGGAGCCCAGGAGUUGGGCGACAAGGGCGCUGUGGAGUCGGGGCCCUGGGACUGUGGAGCCACAGGCCUGCUCCGUGGCUUCCCCGAGACCCCGCGUUCCCACCAGCUAAGGGAGCAGUUGGGCUGGGCUGGGCAGUGAGCUCAGUGAGACAGGGUGGUGCAGCCAUGAGAAAGCAGUGCAGGUGCAGGAUGGAGGGAGGUGUGGGGCACUGGAGGUGAUGCAGGGACGGAGGGGCGACCCUGGGGACAGGAGUGGGCUGGGCAGAGGCACAGGGCAGUGCAGCAGCAGGAGGCGUAGGUAACUGAUGGGAUGAGAGACAGGGGUCAAGGCCACGGGGGCCCACGUAGCAAGUGGAACACACCCCCUGCGGGCCUGCUGGAGGUGGGGCCGGGGAGGCAGAGUGGAGCGGGGAGGGAAGGAGGGCUGUGUCAUGACAGGGGACGGAGGUGUGCGGUGGCCUGGCAGGGCCAUUCCCAGGACUGACGGACAGCGGGGAAAGCAGUGCAGGGCAGAGCAGGGCAGAGCAGGCCCAGGAGGGUGCCCUGUGGGUGUGGCCGACAGCUUGUGCGGCGGCCAGGUGUGUGCCAGGGCCCAGGGCAGGAACACGUGUUUCUCAGCUCACCUUCUGUUGAACCCUCGCAUCCCAGGUGCCAGUUUGGAGUCAAGCCUGGCAUCAGGGACGGGAGAGGCCAUUCUCUGGUGGCUUGAGAGGCUAUCAGAUCAGUGCCAGUCCCCAUUCAUCCCUGCCAGGGACAGGAAGGAGGGCUGUAUCCUAGGCUCCUUCUCCCCAGCCUGGGGCAGAGGGGCGGGGCUCUGAAUUUUUUGUGCUGAAAGUUCUUGGCCAAAUUUUUUAGAGUUUCAGAGGCAACUGGGAAGACCAGAUGUUUCAUCCUACACUGCGGAUAGACUGUCCUAAAAAAGAAAAUGACUUCCCACUAUAUUGAAUGGAGGUGGCUACUGCUCCCCUUUUUGGUUUCUGUGAGUGUGCACACCCUCAGUGGCCCAGUGGCCCGACCAUCCCCUAUAAAGCACCAUCCUGGGAGAAAGUAUUUUCUCAACAGUAGCCCCCUCCUCCUAGUAUUAGGUCAGAUCAACUCAACCAGCGUUUAUUAAUGGCUGGUGUGACCAGGCCCUGGGCUAGGCACUGAGGACACAAGACUGAAUCAGGCUAUCCUUGCACCUGAGAAGGUCACAAUCAGUGAAGGGGGGGGGGUCGGGGGACACCAGGACACAAGGCAUUGGUCAUGGCCAUGAGAAAGACUUAAAAUGCUGAUGUUCCCAUUCCUAGGACAGAAGCGCCACCAUUCUGUAGUGACCGGAGCAGGAGCAGAGGCAGCAGAGGCACAGAG